GACUGCGGCGGAGGGAUACCACGGGUGGGGGGAGGCCCUGAUGCGUGUGUGCCUGUGUAUGUGUGGAAGCAAAGGAAGAGGAGGAGGAGGAGGAGGAGACGAAGAGGAAGAAGAAGAAGAAGGGGGCGCCCGUUCGCCUCUCUCUCCGCCUGCCCCAGCGAGCAGGCGCCGCCGUCGGGGGUGGUGGAGGGGGGGCGCGAGUGAGGAGAGAGUCGCACACCAUGAGCCGCUGAGCGGGGCCCAGCCGAGGAGGAGAAGGAGAAGCCGCAGCAGCAGCAGGAGAAGAAGGAGGACGAAGACGAGAAGCAGCACUUUUACUUUUCCCCCCCUCUGGAGUGGAUGGAACGUUGAAGGCGCCCGCGUUCGAACGCCGCGGGCGGUCCCCCCUCUUGGAACGUUGCGGAGGGGAGAGGGAAAGGGGGGGAAAGGACCCACCAUCCGAUCGAACGUUGCGAGGCGCGGAUCGAACGUUGGGGCGCUUUGAUCUCCCCCCCCCACGUCUUCACUCUCGCUUUCUCUCGCCCGCCUCCCUCCCUCUCUCUCUCUCUCUCUCCCCCCACCGCUCCUCAGCUACAAUUGUAGCCAUUUCCGUUCGCUGCUACAUUGUCAAGCUGCCGCCGCCGCCUCAGAGCCGCCGGGAGAACAAUAGGAAGGCAGGAGGGGGAAACCGGGGCGCUGCGGGCCCCCCCACCCGGCUGCGCCCCGGGUAUUUCCAGCUCUGUUCUUGGAUGCGUCUCCUUCCGUCCCCCCGCCUCGCGCACGACAAAGCUGAGCAGGACAGACGCCCUUGAAUCUUUGGGAAUAUGAACCAGCAACAGAGAAUGGCUGCAGCUGGAACAGACAAAGAACUCAGCGACCUCCUGGACUUUAGUAUGAUGUUCCCCUUGCCAGUGGCUAAUGGGAAGAACAGACCAACGACGCUUGCUAGUACACAGUUCGGAGGAUCAGGUUUGGACGAGCGGCCGGCUUCGGGUUCCUGGGGAACAGGAGAACAGAAUAACUCCACGUUUGACCAAGUCAGGCAGGGCUAUGGCGAAACCUCGCAUUACAGUGAACACAGGGACCUGCCAUCUCAUAACAACAUAUCUUCAUCACCAUUCCUGGGAUCUGGAAUAGUAGGGAAAGGCACUGAAAGAGGUAACUACACAUUCGGAAGAGACCCGGGCAUGCCGGCACUCAAUCAGGCUGGCUUCCUGCCCAGCGAAAUGGGGAUUUCAAGUCCCAGCACGCUCUCCCCGACGGGGGUGAAGGGAGGAUCUCAGUUCUACCCGUAUCCCAACAACCCUCGCAGGAGAGGAGCAGACAGCAGUAUAGACGGACAACCUAAAAAGGUUCGCAAGGUCCCUCCAGGACUCCCCUCUUCGGUGUAUCCACCCAACUCAGGUGAUGAUUACAGCAGGGAACCGGCUGGCUACGCGCCUUCCAAACCCUCCGGCACUGUUUACCCUGGAGCCUUCUACAUGCCAGAUGGACUUCACAACUCGGCAGAUCUAUGGAGUUCAUCGGGCACCAUGAACCAGUCCAAUUACGGGGCCAUUUUGGGUGCCUCUUCCUCCCCGCUCCCGCCGUCUGGCAACUUCAGCGGUCUUCACCAGCAUGAACGGAUGAACUAUCCGAUGCAUUCGGGAGAAGUCAAUGGCGCGCUUCCAUCUGUCUCGGGGUUUUCCUCCGCCUCCACCCAGUACGGAGUGUCCAGUCACACGCCACCAAUUGGGGGGACAGAGAGCGUGAUGGGCAACCGAGGAACCAGCGCCGGCAGUUCAGGAGAUGCGCUCGGGAAGGCGUUGGCUUCAAUCUACUCCCCAGAUCACUCUAGCAAUAAUUUCUCUUCGAACCCAUCCACACCGGUGGGCUCCCCUCAGGGAAUAACAGGUUCUUCGCAGUGGCCCCGAGCAAGCGGACAGGGUGCCUUAUCCCCGAACUACGAAGGGACCCUCCAUACUUUGCAAAACAAAAUGGAAGACCACUUGGACGAAGCCAUCCUUGUGCUGAGGAACCAUGCGGUGGGCCAGAGCAACCACAGGGACAUCCAUGACUUGUUGGCCUCGGCGUCCGGGCAUGGCACCUCGGUGGGCGGUCUCAGCCAGUCUUUCCCCCCUGCCUCAGUCUUGCCGAUAGCCAAUCGGCACUCAAACCUGGUGGGGGCGGGCGCUCACGCCGAAGACGGCCUCUCCAGCAACCCCAGCCUACUCCACAACCACGUUGCUCUCCCUGCCCAAGCCAGCUCGCUCCCGGACCUCAACAGAGGGCAGUCGGAUGCCUUCAGUGGCUUGACGGGGAGCCUGGGGCGGGCCAGCGUCUCGUCGGGAACCAGCGAGAUCAAGCGGGAGGAUAAAGAGGAUGAUGAAAACACGUCGGUGGCCGACAACUCGGAGGAGGAGAAGAAGGAGCUGAAGCCGUCGCGAAAUAGAACAAGGUGCUCACUGAACAGUCAAGAUGAGGAUGAGGAAGACGACCUCCUUCCCCCAGAGCAAAAAGCCGAGCGGGAGAAAGAAAGGCGGGUCGCCAAUAAUGCCCGUGAGCGGCUGCGUGUCCGCGACAUCAACGAGGCCUUUAAGGAACUGGGGCGCAUGUGCCAACUGCACCUUAACAGCGAAAAACCGCAGACCAAACUGCUAAUUCUACACCAGGCUGUGUCGGUUAUUCUGAACUUGGAACAACAAGUUAGAGAACGGAACCUGAACCCCAAGGCAGCCUGCCUGAAACGCCGUGAAGAGGAGAAAGUCUCUGGUGUGGUGGGCGACCCCCAGAUGGCGCUCUCCGCAUCUCAUCCAGGUCUAGGAGAUGGGCACAACCCCGUGGGACAUAUGUAAAGAUGAUUUCUUUUCUUCUCCUGGGAGCAGAUGUCUGUAGGAAGACGGGACGGCCAUGUCACGCCCCCCCCUUAUGCCGUGUGUCCGCACCAGAAACUCUAGUCCUGUUAUAUACUGACACAUGGCAAUGGAACUUCAGCGGGCUCAAAGGAACUUUUUCCCCCCCACAAGGAAAAAUGAAAGUGGGGGGAAAGAAAAGAAACAACUUUCUCAAGAACCCAACAGCAAAAGAUUGCCUUAAGUGUAUAGUCUGGAACUGUCAAUGCAUAUCCUUCAAUUACUGGGGCGGGGGGGGGCAUUGGGGAGGGGAAGUGGUGUGUCACAAGUGGCUUGUUCACAAAGGCCAGCAGAAGACAUUGUGCCUACGCGUAAUUUUUUUUUAAGAACAUUAGUUACGAUAAAUUUUUUUUUUAAAAAAAAAUGUAGAACAAACAUAGAAAUGCCUUUGGGUUGCUUUUUUUUUUUUUUUUAGCUUUUUGCAUAUAUGUUUUGUAAGCGAUGAUGGAAAAAAUGUGUAAAAACAAAAAGAGAGAGAGAGUCUUGUUCCCCCCCGUUGCUUUUUCUGCUGCUGUUUCUAUAGUUAAUGUUGCAUAUUAUUUUUUAAAUAAGAUCAACCAGAAUAUUAAAAGUUGUAUUCAGAGACUGGAUGUUUAAAGUGAAAACACACAGAGAGAAGAGGAGGCUGGGGAGGUGAGAGCGUUUAAAUUUCGGCUGGUGGCGGGGAAACUGCAGAGGCAAAUUGAGCUAGGCAGACUGACAGAUGCCUUUGCCCAGCUCAUAACUUCCAUGAUAAAGAAGAAGAAAAGAAUCAAAUUGUCAUUAUCUCUUUUUGCUUUGGGCCAUUUUGAAUAUUGGAGGGAGGCGGGAGAGGUGACAGAGCAAUCUGGCAGUAAGGGUUCCUCUUGGUUUUCAUCCCAAAGGAUAUUUUUGCUAGUCUUAUGUGUUCUUUUAAAUCUACACACACACACACACACACACCCCUCCCAAAUAUUGGUAGUCCCCUUCUGGGAGGCAAAGGGAUGGCCAGCAAAAGUGUCAGUUUGGGGGAAGAAGAUGGUGUAACUGCCAAGCGAGAGAGCCCCCAAACUGACAAGGGGCCGAGAAGCCAGGCUGGCAGAGAGAACGCCUUCAUGGUGUUGUUUUUUAAGCACCUGACAUGGAUCAAAAGAGGAGGGGAGGCUGGAAGCAAAAGCACUACCGGGUUGGAAGCAGAACAAAGACCACGGAGGCAGGCAGGCGGGGUUGAGGGAAAGAACAAAAGAGCCACACCCAGCCGGAAGGAGAAAGCUGGGCCCAAGCCAGAGACUCUGUGAGAAGGGCAGCUGUGGGGAGGGGGCAUGCUUCUGGCGUGUAGAACAGAGCCCGGCCCCCCAACAGGGUAGGGCAGGAGACAGAAGUGUCUCCCAAGACACACGGACACCCAAGAAGAGGAAUGGGUCUGCUCCUGUGCCCAGUUUCCCUCCGUUCCAAGUCCGGGUCUGUUUAGAAGACACCUUCCCAUGGCCCUUGCAUGUUCAAGGUACAGUGUGCCGUCAAGUCGCUUCCGACUCCUGGCGCCCACAGCGCCUCCUCCCACGCAGUCUGAGAUGAUGCCUUUCGCCAUCUUCCUAUAGCGUUGCUGCCCACUAUAGGACCAGCGGGGAUUCGAACUGGCAACCUUCCGCUUGUUAGGUGCUCCGAAAGAUCACCUCUGGCUGGUCGGACGCCCUUCUCCUCAAACAUCAUUUGGGGAGGGCGCUUGGCCCCCUGGGUCCAGCUGCACACACUGGCGUCUCACUCCCCACUUGGGUGGCCAGUGCGGGCUAUUUAAUGUUCCAAGCUGGCAAGCCAGAGGCUGGAGUGCCAGGUUUUGGCAUCCUUGCUUUGGGAGCGGAGGAGAAUGUCAGAGCACACCCAUUGCAGCUUCUCGUCCCCCAGUGGCAGAGCUUGCACGUCGGGACUGGCUGGCCAAACCUGUUGGGUAUCUGCCUUCUGGUUUUAAAAAAAGGCACCCAUUUGCAAACUUCCGUACAGGAAGUUUGGGGGAAGUGCUCAAAGGACAGGCAAGAGGCCGGGCCCUGCACACCACGGAGGCUUGUCCAGAGAGUACAGACAGCCCUUUCAUGAGGCAAGGUGAGACAGCGGCCUCCGCGAGAUGCCCCACUGCGCCAUCAGAACAGCUCCUUGGGACUCCUCUGGCCUUUGCAAGCUUUGCCAGAAGUGUCUCUUUGCACGUUCCUUGCAAAGCUUGCCAGAAGGGGUUGGGGAGAGGAGAGGAGGCUGCUGGCCCUCUUCCCGUCUCCCCAGGCCACCUUCAGAGCUUGGAGAGGUUGGUUUUGCCGGGCGGGGGGAGUGCUUGGCUUCAGGUGCCAGGCUAUCCUGGGCCUGCUUCAUCUCAGUCUCUUCCCUCCUCUUGGCUGCACAAGGGAAUUUGGAAUCCAGAGUCCGGCUGGCCCAGAUGCCAACAACUUUCCAAGGGCCUCGUUGGCACACCCAUCCCGGGGGAAAGGGGCCCAUGUGUAGAUGCAGGAAAUGUACCUGUUCUUCCCCGCCAUUGCUCUGGCGAAACAUCUCUGCACAGCAGAAUGCGUGGCAACUUCCUUUUUUAUGCCAGAUCUCCCAAAAUCUCUUUCUAAUCCAACGGCUCAAAACAAGCUCUUUUUUUUUAAAAAAAAAAUAAAGUUAAUUUUGGUUUUGCUAUUUUAACUGUUUGAAAGUAUUUCUGUUCUGUUGGGAGGGAAGCUUGCCUUUUCUAAAGGGCGUGUCUACACUACAAACUUUUAAACCAGUUUCAAACCACUUAAACUAUCAUGACGCCCUUGUUAAAGGAGCCCUGCGAAUUCAUGAGGGUGCUGGAAAUUCUUGGCUGGAGACGCACACCCCUUGAUCCUAGAACUACAAUUCCCAGAGUCCGUACAUUGGCAGCCGGAAUCGCUGAAACUGGUUUAAGUGUGUAAUGCUGAUUACGUCCCAAAAAAUCUAGGGAUAUUUAUUUUUGUCGAGGGGGGGCGGGGUAGAGGGCUGGGUUUUAGGAGACAAAAGGGACAUCUAGCAACAACAAAUGUCUUAGGGGAAACAGCAUUGUGGGAAAAUUAACUUCUUUGUUUUAAAAAAAAUAGGGGUUCAAGCAAUGCAGAGAACAAAAUGGAACUUGAUUCCCAUUAAACUAUAUUUUUUUAGGAUGGGGUGGGGAGGCUGUGUAUUUUUCAAGCCUUUUAGAUUGUUCUUGAGGGUUCUUUUGUUAUUUGGGGCUUUUAUAUUAAAAAAAAUAAAAAUGGGUCCUUGCUUUUUUGGGAGGGGUGGCUCUGAUCCACCUAUAGCUAGCCAUUCCUUGGGCGGGGGGGGCAAUCCUAUACACAUUUACUCAGAAGUCAGAGCCACUGCGUUCAGUGGAGUUUAUUCCCUUUGUAAGCGUGUGUAGGGUUGCAGCUUCAGUCACGGCCAGAUGUAUGUGGAUCGGAGCCUUGGUGUGUUGUUUUUGCUGCCUACAUGUUAAGUCCAGCUGUGUGUAACUGGCUCAGAUACACAUUAUAUCAGAUACACAUUAUAGUUUUGAAAGAUAUAUAUAUAGUAUAAAUAUAUAUAUAUAUAUAAAAUGCCUAACCCCAAUUUAAAAAAUGGAAAAGGAAAAAAAAGUAUUUGGGGAGGGAGGGGACAGCUUACAAAGAAACAUUUUUUGGACUGAAUAGCAAUUCCUGGGGGGAGGGAGGGAGCAGGGGGGUUAAAAUUGUGUUUCCGAGUGCCUCAAGAUACGGAUUGUGUUCAUUUUUUAAAAAUAAUAAUAAUAAUUUUAUACAAGUGUCAAGAAAAAAACAGCUGGCUGGAUUAUUUGGAAUUUUUAAAUAAUCCUUAACUUUUUUAAAAGUAGAAUUUUGAGAACUGUCCUGUAUAUAACAGUAAUGUAGCAAUAAAUGUGACAUUUUAUAACAAUAUUACUUUUUUUUCUCCCCCUCCCCGUAUCUGUCUUUCAGAUGUUGUAUACCUACCAAUGAAAAAGUUGUAAUAAAGGUUUUACCUUGUACUAAA